AUAACCGACCUUGCGUAUUUUAGCAAGCUUCUUUAGUUAUUGUAAAGAGGACUCUACUUGAUUGCCUUUUCACCGCCUUCUUCCUAUAGAGAACGACAAUGGAGAGCGAGCCAACUCGAGUGAUGGUGGCGGUGAACGAGUCGUCGAUCAAAGGCUACCCACACGCGUCGAUAAGCAGCAAAAAGGCGUUCGAGUGGACACUGAAGAAGAUCGUGAAGUCCAAUACCUCUGGCUUCAAGCUUCUCUUGCUUCACGCUCAAGUCCAGGACGAAGACGGUUUUGAUGACAUGGACAGCAUAUAUGCUUCCCCUGAUGAUUUCCGAAACAUGAGGGAACGUAACAAGGCUAAUGGACUUCACCUUCUUGAGUUUUUCGUUAAUAAAUGUCAUGAGAUUGGGGUUCGGUGUGAGGCCUGGAUCAGGAAAGGUGAUCCCACGGAAGUGAUAUGCCAUGAAGUUAGGCGUGUCAGGCCAGAUUUUCUGGUUGUCGGAAGUCGUGGUCUUGGUCCAUUCCAGAAGGUAUUUGUUGGAACGGUGAGUGAGUUUUGUGUGAAGCAUGCAGAGUGCCCAGUCAUCAUAAUCAAACGCAGUGCUGAAGAAAGUCCACAAGAUCCAGCUGAUGACUAAAUUUCAAAAGCAAGACAAUCCAUGCGGUGUUCUUUUGUCUGUGAGAGACAACAAACCGUAUGUAGCAGCACAUGAGAAGAGAAAAAGGAUAAACAAAACUCUUUUGAAUGGUCUAAAACAUCCAAACAGAAGUUCUAUUAUUCGGUGUGUAAUCUUUUGACUCUUAUGUCUUAAAUGUAUGGUUUAUAUAAGUGCCUAUGUUGUGCGUCUCUUGUUGUAGUAGAAACUCGAUUCACAUAUAUUUAAUUGUGUGUGGUCAA